AUGACAGGUUGCAAGACCAGCCUCUCACAAGGCCGCUACACCUGGAGGCACAAUCAGGUCCUCAAGAGCCUGGCUGCAGCACUUGAGACCAAGAGGAGUGCAACCAAUUCAUUACCUUCAAAAACAAGCAAUCCCGUCAAAACAACAACAUUCAUCCGGAUGGGACAGAAAAGGCCCAAGCAUCCUCCAACGAAGCCAGAAACUGGACACCUAGCCAUGGCCAGGGACUGGAAGAUGCUUGUCAAUAUUGGCCAGCAACAAAUUUUUCCACCUGAGAUUGCUUCUACCAACCUUAGGCCAGACAUGAUACUCUGGUCUCCUUCACGAAAGGCUGUGUACAUCAUAGAGCUCACAGUCCCGUGGGAAAGCUCUGUUGAAGAGGCCUACGAGCGUAAGAAACUGCGUUACACAGAGUUGGCAGCAGACGCAACUCAGCGUGGCUGGAAUGCAAAAGUCUGGCCAGUUGAAGUGGGAUGCAGAGGAUUCGUGGCUUCUUCCACCAUCAGGUUGCUGAAAGAACUUGGAAUCCAUGGACAGGCUUGUCAGGGCAGUUUCAGGGCAGUUUCUCAAGCAGCUGAAAGAGGCAGCAAGUGGCUCUGGAUCAAACGGAAGGACCCUUGCUGGGCUAUAACUUCAUGA